AUGGCCCUAACACUCAUCACCGGCGCGACAGGCUUCAUCGGCUCCCAGGUCGCCCUGCGCGCUUUGCAAGCGGGCUACCGUGUUCGUCUCUCUAUUCGUCGUGAGGAACAAGCUGACAAACUCCGUCGUAUCUUCGCCGAGUACGAGAAGCAAUUGGAAUUUGUGAUUGUACCGGAUAUCACCGUCCCCGGAUGCUUCGACGAGGCAUUGAAGGGUGUGGAGUAUGUACUGCAUCUGGCGUCGCCAUUGCCCAAGCCAGGCAGUGAUGAUCUGGUUACCCCCGCCAAGCGAGGAACCAUCACGAUCUUAGAAUCAGCGGCAAAGGUGUCCAGUGUCAAGAAGGUAGUAGUCACAGGCUCCGUACUAUCGCUAGUCUCCCUGGGAGAACUCAAGGACGGCGUGAUCGUCAGAGAGGACAACGAGAUAAACUACACUCUACCCCCGGACUCGACAAUCCCCAGCCUCCCCCCAAUGGCUCAAUACCACGCCAGCAAACUCGCCGCCCACAAAGCCACCCUCGACUUCCACUCCGCCAACCAUCCUCACUUCGACAUAGUCACCCUCCACCCCGUCUUCGUCUACGGCCGUAGUCUCGUCCAAGAAACUCCCGAACAGCUCGACGGGUCCAGCGGCACGCUUUUCCAAUCGCUGUUCGCCGAGACGCCCAGCUUCCCGCAGUUCCUGGGCGUGCAUGUCGAUGAUGUUGCGCAUGUGCAUGUGCGUGUUUUGGAUGGUGGCGUGAGCGGGUUGAGGUCGUAUUUGUUGGCAUCCGAGACGAGGUCUUGGGGGGAUGUGAGGCGGUUUUUAGACGGGAGGUAUCCUGGGGUUGGGUUUGGGUUGAAGGGUGAUGAGGGUAUUAGCUAUAGGGUUGAUGCCGGGAGGGCGGAGAGGGAGUUGGGGAUUGUCUUCAAGGGGUUGGAGGAUAUGGUUGGUGAUGUUGUUGAUCAGCAGUUUGAGUUGAAGCGAGGUUUGUAA